AACCCAUAAAGCAAGGAAUAGCCACACCUCAUCAGGACACUCGGGCAGAGAGAACUCUGCGCUAAUAAUCCUUUGCCAUCCAGAUAAACAUGUACUAAGAUCUGUAUACAGUAGGGACCUACCAUGCAGACAGGGACGAAUACCAGUGUAUUGUAACACAUACAUGUACAUGUAGGAGAGUGCAGUCAUUACAGUUCAACAUGGCCGUGUUUGGUAAAAUACUGAGUGUGGUGGAGAUAUGUAUUCUACUGGUUGCUGUUGGGUGUGGCAUUACUGGUGCUAUCAUGAUUGGUCUCACUUCGAAUCAAUUUGGAUCUCAUUGUAUACUAAAAGCAGGCGUUGAAGACCUUAGUGGUUUCAUUUCCCUUCAGUACUCUGGGAUGUCAAGAUGUAACUACUGCAUGCUCAUUCAAAUUGUGGCUUUGCUUCUAGCGUUUGUAUUUGGAGCGUAUCGUUUACUAGUGCUUUGCAGUGGCAAGUAUGACAUAAAGACGUUUGGGCGGUUAAUCGUCAGUAUCGUGUUUGGGGCUCUGACAUUCUUAAUGCUGAUUGAAGCCUGUCUUGUUAAUGUUGGGCUUAACAAAUUCUGUGGAAACCUCUCAGCCGUUUACACCACAGUAACAGGAUGCAGAACAUUUCAAACGUCAAUAAUUUGGUUCACUGGUGAGAACGGAGCACACUUUUAUGACAACAUGAAAGUAGCUGAGAGCGUAUCCUGGAUUGGAGUGUUGCUGUGGCUGUCGAUGACACUGCUCAGUAUUGUUAGUCACUGUACCUACAAGAGACAAAGACCACAUGCGCAUCGCCAAGACCCCAAGGCAGUCAAGACUGUCCCAGCUCUUGGUCCAGUGUGAAAUAUUCUCUUAGAUCCCAUCGGAAUGUUUGUUUUAUUUUCACAUAUAGUGUUCGUUUUUCUAUUCUCCAUGUACAUGUAUUUAGAUUGUAAAGAACAAUUUCUUACAACUCAACCCAGUGUGCCUGGUUUGAUCACCGGCAUAGAUGCGCCACAGCACCUUGUAAACCAUUGGUGAGCUACAAUUAUGUAAUAAGGGUCUCAUAAUUCAACCGUAGUCCGACAUAACAUUUGUACCUUGCAGGAAAAUACUGUAAAAGCACCUUGAGUGUCACUGAGUGAAGCUAUGUUGAAAUAAUAU